AUGUAUACUGAUUCCAAAUUUUUUGAGGAUGCGGGAUCUAUAUAUAUUGGAAUUCAAGUUGAUAAUACAACGUUAGCAAAUAAAUUUCUAGUCAAAAAAGAUGAUUUAUUCAUCCAAAUUCGAGAAAGGCAUGAUUUAAAUAUUACCAAUCGUAUGGAAUUUAUUGGAAAAGAUGGUCAACCAAUUACACGAGAUAAAGAAGAUACAUUAAAUUUAAAAGAUUUUGAGGAUGGUGAUAUUCUAUAUAUUAAAACAAAUAAUGAAUUCACAUUCAUUAAUAUUAAAAUUAACGAUGAACCGAUUAAAGUUCAAUUGCCGAAAAUAUAUUCAUUCAGAGAUGUUCGAAAUGAAUUAAAAAAAUAUAAUGAUAUUUAUAUUAAUGAGUUUAUGCAAUUUUUUUAUGAUGGUGGGCUAAUUCCACGCGAUAAUGAAAGUAGCUUUACCUUACUAAACUUCAAGGCUGAUGAUACUCUAAUAAUUAAAGAUCCGAUGGAUCCUGACUGCAACCUGCUUAUACAAGAAUUUGAAUUGAAGCACGGUUUAAGAAAAAACUUUAAACCUUCCUUAGAGGAUGCUAUUGAGUUUAAAUGUAAAUACAAAGGCAAAAACCAAAAGUGUAAAUGUGUCGUAAGGUGUAAAGAAUAUCGUGCAUAUAAUAAAGAAAAUGAAAAAUACCUUGAUAUAACAGACGGCAAACAGUUUUUAUUUAAAGGGAAUGCUGAGGUAUCAGGCUUAAAUAUUCAAAGCAAAGUCGGAGUCUCAUAUAAAAGCAAGAAUGAAAUUAAUGAACUUAUUAGUACUUUACAUCAGUACCAUACCGUCUUUUAUAUAGAAGCAGAAUUAGAAAUAGAUAACCCAAAGUUAACAGAUAACUUAUUGGAAAAAGUAAAUGAAAUUUUAAUAUUCGAUAAUGAAAUUGAGAAAUUAAGGAACAAAAUAAAUGAUAAGAAAGGAAAUAAUAACGAAUAUCUUCAAGAUCUUGAGAACGUGUCAAAUUUAAAUGAGCGUUAUAAAAAAGAAAUUAGAGACUUUAUAAAAAAAUUAAAGGAGGAUUCCGAAAAUGACCAUAGUAACUUAGAGAGUUUGGAAAAAAUAGUAAAAGACGACCUUGAUAAUAUUUAUAAGACAUUUGGUCAAUUUUACAAAAAAAAGCUUUUCUUUGGUGGAAAGUUAACGAGAACCAAUAUAAAUAAUAGUUUGAUGAAUAAUGAGUCAAGGUCUAGACAAGUAGAUUUUGGUGGUGAAAUUAACGUCGAUGGAAAUGGUAUUGAGUGUUCGGUUCAAAAAUUAAAUGAACUUGAAGAAAUCAAUCAACAAAAAACUGAAAAGGAGAAAUUUUACGCAAAAGGUGGGAAUAGAAAUAUAUAUAAUGAUGACGACCAGAGGGCUUGGAUAGAUUCUUUAUCGGAUUGGAAAAAUUGGGCAGUUAUUGAUUAUGUUGCUGAACCAAUCUUUAAUUUAUUGAAUGAAGAGCAACGUAAUCAAAUUAUUAAGAAAAUUAUAGGAAAAAGAAUUCUGGAAAAAGGUAUUAUACAUAUUGAAAGAAGCAAUAUUGGACCUUAUCAUUCACAUAAUCUUUCCAAGAAAAUAAAUGAAUGUUUAAAAAAGAAAAAGGAUCGUCAAAUUUUUGUCUCUAUUAUAAGUAAGAAAAGGAAAGAUGUCUAUUCUGUUCGUGUGGUCCGUAAUACGAAAACAAAUGAACAUACCCUAUUAAUUCAUUGUAUUGAAGGAAACAAAAGAGAAAUCGAAUUACGUGUCAGAUGGAUAAUUAUUGGUUAUCCAGAUUCAUUUAAUUAUGUGGAGCCCGAAUUUAAUCAUAGUCGUAUUGAAUCUAUUAACAAUUACUUAAUUUCAACUGGUCAUUUGGGUUAUCUAAUUCCAAUUGAAAAUUUGGACAAUUAUUUUCCUUUAAUAACAUGUGUCCAAGAUGUUGAAUCCUCUGAUAAAUUUGAAAUGGCAAAUAUUGCGAUAGGCAUUAAUUUCUUACAAACUAAAGCGCUUAUAUUCGCUUAUAACACCGAAUUAUGUAAGACGUGUGAGAUUGACAAAAAUUUCAAGGCAAAAUUUUCUAUAAAUUACAGCACUAUUCCUGACUACAAUAAUUAUCUUCAACCAAUUUCAUGGAAAAAGCGACACUGGAAUUGGACUAAUUUGAAUUUUAAAAGUAAAGAUGUGUUUUACAAAGAAAAGAACAAUAAAAUAGAAGGAAAAAAGAGAGGAAAAGAUGGUAAAGAAAAACUUGUUUGUAUCUACAACGAAAAAGGAUUUGUAAGUUAUGAUUCAAAAAGUUUAGGAUUCCGAUACCUUAAAUGUUCUGAUAAAAAGGGUAAACUUGAUG